GGUCUAGGUUAUUUGGGGGAGUGUAUUUCAGGUGUCAGGAAGCAGUGUGGCCUCUGUUCGUUUCGUUUUCCCCCUUUGAAACGACCGAAGAGGAUUUAGUGUCGCUGCUCAGCCGACGGCGGGGAAUAAAUCUGAAUCCAGGGACCAGGAUUUAGCUGAGGUUCUGGACUCUGGAGGGUCAGAUAGUGAGAUGGAGAGCAUCGUGCAGAUCCAAGAGCAUUCAGCUGAACACAGAGCCAAGAUGUGGAAGAUUGCUCUGAACGUCUCUGGAAAAGGAGACAGCCUGUCUCCUUGGGACGGCGUGCUCGAUUUACCAGAACAGACACUCAUUCACAACCGCAGUCAGCAGCUGAUUGACCAGCUGGAGGUUUCAGAGGCAGAGAGGAGUGAAAUGGUGUCGGACGUUGAGUCGGUCAUCACUUUCUACUGCAAGUCUCGCAACAUCACCUUCACCCCGGAGCUCAGCUUGCCUCACCUGCUCAAGCCACUGCUGGGGCUAAAGUUACCCCGCAGCGACCUCUACAACUGCUUCUAUGCUAUCAUGAACAAGUACAUCCCCAGGGAGUGUGUGCCCAACGGACGACCCUUCCACCUUUACAGACUAUUGCUGCAGUAUCACGAGCCGGAGCUUUGCUCCUUCCUGGACACCAAAAAGAUCACACCUGACUCCUACGCUAUCAACUGGCUGGGUAGUCUGUUUUCCAGUCACUGCAGGCCUGAGGUCACCCAGGCCUUAUGGGACUCAUACCUCCAACAGGCUGACCCUUUCCUCAUCUUCUUCCUCAUGCUCAUCAUCCUCGUCAAUGCCAAAGAGUCCAUCCUUUCAGAAGAAGGAGCCAGCAAAGAAGACAUCAUCAAAACGCUGGAAACGUCUCCGUCUCUUCUGGAAGCAGAAGAUGUUGAAGAUUUGUUUUUACUGGCUCAGCAUUACCAGAGCAAAACCCCCCUGUCCCUCAGAAAGAUGAAUCAGAAUCUGUUUGGGAGCAGCCUCGUGGCUCUCAAAGAGGAGGAGACCGACCUGAGUCAGGCUCUGUGCCUCCCUGUGUCCGUCCCUGAAAUCCUGCAGGCCAACCAGCUUCAGCCGGACGGGGUGCGUUUCUUUGUGGUGGACUGUCGACCUGCAGAGCAGUACAACGCCGGGCACCUGUCCACCGCCUUCCACCUGGACUCCGACCUGAUGCUCCAGAACCCCUCUGAGUUUGCUCUGUCCGUGAAGUCCCUGCUGGAGGCCCAGAAGCAGUCUCUGGAGUCGGGCUCCAUCGCCAGCGGAGAGCACCUGUGCUUCAUGGGCAGCGGGAGAGAAGAGGAGGACAUGUACAUGAACAUGGUGCUGGCUCAUUUCCUACAGAAAAACAAAGAGUAUGUGAGCAUCGCUAAGGGAGGCUUUAUGGCGCUCCAGAAGCACCUGGUAGACAUGAAUGUGGAAGGCCUCGACUCGUCGUACAUGAACUGGAUAGUCAGCACAUCUGGAUCUCACAGCAGCCUCAGCUCUGUUGAUGGAGAGUCUCUGAGCAGCCCUGGAGACGGCAAAGGUGUGAAGUCUCUGGUCAAUAAAAUGACUUUUGCGCUCAAGUCCAAGUCGGUCAACGUAAAGGAGAAGAUGAUCAGCUUCAUUGAGAACACAUCUGCGCCCGUUGACAGAAUAUCUUUCAAUCUGCCUUGGCCAGAGAAGGUGAUUCCAGAUCGACACGUGAGCAGCAGCGACCGCGUCGGUAAACCGUACCGAGGGGUGAAGCCCGUCUUUAGCAUCGGUGACGAAGAGGAGUAUGACACAGAUGAGAUCGACAGCUCGUCGAUGUCAGACGACGACCGAAAGGAGAUUGUGAACAUUCAGACGUGGAUGAACAAGCCAGAUGUGAAACACCACAUUCCCUGUAACGAAGUCAAAGAAACAGGUCACAUGUUUCCCAGUCACUUGUUGAUUACGGCGACUCACAUGUACUGCCUUAGAGAGAUUGCCUCCAGGAAAGGAUUCGCUUACAUCCAGUCCAGACAAGCACUGAGCUCUGUGGUGAAGAUCACAUCCAAAAAGAAGCACCCAGAACUUAUCACUUUCAAAUUUGGGACCAACAAUUCAGCCGGAGUGGAAAUAUCUGCAGUUGAGAGAUAUCUAAUACCAAACGCAGGCGACGCCACAAAAGUCAUCAAGCAGCAGAUCAUGAAGGUAUUAGACGCUCUGGAGAGCUCGUAAACGGAGACGAUGGAGUCCUCAAGGGAGGCUGUGGUCACAGACGAUGAGAUAAACUGUAAGAAGAGUCGUCUCCUCCCGCUCUCCCUUUGGGUGUCCUCCCUCAUGGACAGAUCCCAGUGCAGUGUUGGACUCUGACGCCCUGUGUCUCCCCCCUAUGGGACAUUUGGACACGCCGCCAACAGCGGACCCGUGGUACCCGGCUGCUUGUGUCCAAAUACUUAGGUGCUCCGCAGUCCUCCAACCAUUACCUGUGACUAAUUUAAAAACAUGUUGGUUAUGUUGUGUGUUCUUCAUUUUAGUGCCGCUGGGCUUUGAUGUUGCGCUGGCCUUAACGUAGCAGACUGGCCAGCAAGUGGCGAACCUUUACAUAACUGACCCUUUGGUUUGACUCAAGCAUCUUAGUUCAAGCUGACUUGUUUUUCCUGUGAACGGUUUUGCAUCUUUCUUUACACACUUAGUAAAUUUAUUGUUCGUCAUUCCAGUUAGAUUGCAUCUGCUGACCUUGGACAUAAAGAGCUACGUCCUGAAGGAGGAAACGGUGAUGCUGGUGAUGCCCAGCUUUUU